ACAGGAACAAGCCUGCUGAGACUUGCAAAGCGAAUGUAGGAUUCAAAGGGGGAAACGAGACUUUUUCCCCCCCUCCCAUCUAUUCACGAAUACUUGAGUUGAAACGUGUACGAGGAGGUAGAGCAACAGGUUGUGCAAGAAGUGGCCAAACACCGCCCAGCAGGUGUGUCGUGCUUCGGAGAGGUGAGACUGAAGAUUUACACGGUGGGGGUGGACUCAAGUGGAGUUUCACCACACGCGCGGGAUCUUUUCUUUCUUUGUUUUCUUUUUUUUGGGGGGGUGAGGGGGGGGGCAGCGAGGGUUCGACCAGCACCCGUGGGAACGUCCACACCUGCCCCGAUGAGAGUUUCACGAAGGGACGGUCCGAGUUGAGGUUCGUCAGUGUCAUGUGUCCGCCAUGGCCUCCGCUGCUUCUCCUGGGAGGCUUCGUGCUGUCAGGAGCGGCGCUCGUCUCAGGAAUUGAGAUCUACGCUCCGUCUGCGGUGGAGGCGGUGAACGGGACCGCGGUAAAACUCAAGUGCACCUUCCGCUCCAGUCACCCCGUGUCGAGCCAGUCCGUCGUCGUGUCCUGGAACUUCCGGCCGCUGAACUCUAAAAAAGAAGAGUCGGUGUUCUACUACCAGGAGGUGGCGUACCCUCCGAAGAGCGGACGCUUUAAAGGCCACGCGGUGUGGUCAGGAGACGUCACGAGAAGCGACGCCUCCAUCACCCUGCGUGAGGUGCCCCCGACCUUUAACGGCACGUACAUCUGCAACGUGCGAAACCGCCCGGACGUGCACGGCGACAACAGAGAGACCAGGCUCAGCGUCGUCACCAAAGCUUCCCUCUCCGAGAUCAGCAUCCUGGUCAUCGCGGUCGUCACCGGCUGCGCGUUCAUCCUGAUCCUCCUGGCUCUCUUCUUGGCCGUGAAGUUCUACAAGAGGAGGCGCGGGGGCGAGGACGUGGAGCUGCGCGCCCAGGAGCCCGAGCGCAAGGACCCGACCGUGUGUAAACCCGAGGAAGCGGUUCAUCUAACCGUUGUGAAGGAGACGCACCAAGUUAGCUCAGAUGAUGAAGCGUCCGAGCCGAGCAGCGGAGACGAUGACGAAGAGGACGACAGUGAGGAAGAGGAUGAUGAUGAUGACGACGACGACGACGGCGGCGGCGACGAUGACGACGAUUGAAUCGAGCAUUUUUUAAUCGAGCGCAGCGGCUCUCUGUCGACGAGCGGAAUUAAUUUGCUUGCUGUUUGUUAUCCCGAUGACACAAAAACUACGCGACCAAUUCCCUUGCAGCAGGCGCCAAUAAAUUGGGGGGUUUUGCAGAUACAA